AUGCAAAAAAUUAUAGAUACAUAUGAAAUAAUUGGAAACAUAGAUGAGCAAAAAUCUAUUUCGUCAAAUAAUGUAGUAAAUAAUGACAAAACUAAUUUCUGUGAUAAUGAUAAAGAAACUAUAAAAUGCAUAAAACAAAAUGAAUUAAGUGGAGAAAAAGAAAAAAUAACCACAGAAAAUAUAAUAAAUAACUUAAAGGAAGUAAACAAUUUAGACGAAGGGAAAAAUGACAAAGAAAACCCAAAGAAAUUGGAAAGCCAAAAAACUGUAGAUGUAUAUAAAACAUUUACCAACACAGCUAUUCAUACAUCCAAAACAUUAAGUUUGGAAAAUGUAAAAAAUGAAAACAAUAAUGAAAAGGUAAACAAAUAUUCUGAUAACAAAUCGGAAAUAUUAGAUAAAAAAAUAUUGAUUACUAAUGACAAAUCUAACAAAAAUAAUGAUCAAAUUAUAAAAAAAAAUGGAAACUUUGAAAUUGGAAAAAAUGAAUCCAUAUUAGAAGAAGAAUUAAACAAUAAAACGAAAGGAAUAAACAAUAUCAACAAUGGUUAUACUAAUAUAAAUAAAAACGACAAAAAAAUAAGCCAUAAAAAACAUUAUAAAAUAUUAAUACACGCGCCUGCUUGUUGGAAAGGAACUAAUUUUAAUUCUACCCCAUAUGUUUUAGCUUACGAUAAAUCAAGUAAUUUUUUAAUAUAUAAUGAAUCUCCUUUAGAAAUUGAAAAAUAUAUUAUUGACGAAAAUGAUAAAAAUUUUGAAAAUAAAAUAUUGACAAUUCUAUUUUAUGAUUCUCUUGAUGCAUGUAAUAAUUGUAGUAAUAUUAUAAAAAAAAAUGAAGAAGAUUGUGAAAAAGAAGAAAUACCUAAACCACUUAGUGCUUUUUAUCUGCCUAUAUGUAAAAUAGAUUUACGAAACGAUUCGGUAAAAUAUAGAUUAGCAUUAAAUACGAAUAACAUAUCGUCUAAUAUAAAUAUUAAUGAAGCUAUUAAUUUAUUUAAUAAUAGUUCUAAAAUAACUGGACAAAAUAUUAACAAAUUCAGUCUACAUUUUAUAUUAAAAAAUAAUAAUUAUACAGGAAAUGAUCCAUAUACUUUUUUAAAACAAACCAAAUUUUAUGGAGUUCCACGUUCAAAUUUAUCAACAUAUACUGCAAAAUAUAAACCAAAUGAUUGUGUAAAUAAUAAUAUAACGGAUAAGUAUCAAAUAAAUUCAUCAAAAAGCCAAAUUAUUCCAUUAAAGCCAGAUAAUUCCGAAAAAAAACAAUUUGCGUCUUUAGAAAGACUAAAAAAUAAAUGGGAAAAUUUUGCUAUUAAUAAUAAUGAAAAUUUAAAGGACUCUUUAGAUGGAAUUAAGAAAAUUAAUAAACCCAAAACGGAGGAAUUUAAACAAGGAAUUAAUGGAAGCCAAUCUUUGGUUGGAAAUGUUAAAUCAGAGUUACUGCGAAAACUAAAUAAGGAAGGUAUAUAUGAAUAUAAUGGUAAGAGCACAUUAAAUUUCGAUGGUAAAAUAACCUCGAAAGACAAAACAGAAUCUAUUAAAAAAGAGGAAAAAGAAAACACCUUUGAUUCGAUACGUAUAAAAUAUGAAAAUAAAAUAAAUGGAAGCAAAAUGACAAACGAUGUUAUUUUAAAUCAUACAAAAAAUAAAUCGUACUAUGAUUUAUUAUCACAAAAUGAUGAUAAAAGUAAAAUAAACUUCGACAUAAAAGAUGAUAUAUUGCCUGACGACAGUGCUUCAAUGAUUCAUGUUCGUCAGCAAAGAUCUAUAUAUUCAGAGAAGGAAAAAACAAAUCAAAGUAAUUACAAUAAUUAUGAUUGUAAUAUACAUGGAGACAUGGAUGGAGAAAGCACUUUAACGAAUAAUUUCCGAACAGUCAAUAAAAUAUAUUCUGGUGUUAAAGAAAUGCUAAAAAAACAAAAUAUGAACAAAAAAAAUGAUUCGAUCUAUAAAGAUUCAAAUAAUGCAAAAGUAGAAAAUAUGGAAAAUUAUUGUGAAAGCUCGAUUUAUAGCAAAAAUGACGAUAAUAAAACUGGGAACUACAUUCAAUUAGAUAAUUUAAAGAAUUUUAAUACAAGCAACUCUGUAUGUUUGUCUAAUUUAAAAAGUGAAGAAAAUCUUAUAUUGGCAAUUAACGAAAUAAAACAAUGGAUGGAAAAAAUUGAUGAUAAAAUGAGUACUAUAUCAUAUGAAAAAAGUGAGUUAGGAAUUAUAAAUAAUACAAAAGAUACAGGGAACGGAAAUAAUACAGGUAAGAUAGUUGUCAACGGAAUUUGUAAUGGGCUUCAAAGAGGAUAUUCCAAAGAUGAAAAAUAUAAUCGAAUGCUAAAAUUUUUGAUAAAAAAUGUGAAGAAAAAUAUAAAGCUGAAAAAAAUGAGCACAUACAAAGGAUGCUACCUAAAUAUAAGGAAUUUAUAUUUAAUGAAAAAGAAUGAAAAGAUAAAAUUUGAAAACAAGUUAUUAAAAAAAGAUUAUGAUAAUUUAAAAUCAAAGUAUAAAAAUGUGUUAGUAAAAUUAUGUAAGAAAAUAUUUUUGUUAAAAUAUUACACUACUAAAGACAGGUCUAAUUAUGAUAAAAAAUAUGAAAACAUGAUGAGACAUUUACAAUCCGAAAAAAAUAAUUUAUUAAAUAUAAUCGAGGAAAAAAAAUAUGAACAAGAAAAUAACAUAAAUAUAAAUAUGAUGCUAUCAGAUGAGUUAAAAAAAUUACAAGAAGAAAACGAAUCGAUUAUAAGUAAUAAUAAUUCAUAUAAAACUGAAGUAGAAACUAUAAAUAGUAAAUAUCAACAUCUACAAAAUGAUUUUAAUAAAAUAAAAAGCGAACAUGAGAAACUUAAAAUAGAGCAUAAAAAUAUUAAAAGAGAAAAUGAAAAUAUUAAAAUCGAAAAAGAAACACUAAUAAAAGAGUUGGGAGAUACGAAAGCUAAAUAUUUUAAUAUGACUGGAAUAUUACAAGGGGAAGAAAAAAUGUAUGCUAAAAAAAUAAAAGAGUUAGAAGAAAAAUUACAAAAAGAAAAAGAAGAAAAAAAAAACAUUAUAAAUGAUGUUAAGGACGAAAUAGAUACAUUUACUAAAAUACUUGAAAAAAAGGAAAACGAAAAUCAUAAAAUUAAAGAAAAAUUAAAGGAAUUGAAAAAUAUUGAAGAAAAAUAUGAAAACACACAAAUUAAUUUUGAUUCAUUAAAAAAAGAAUUUGAAAAAUCAUUUGAUGAAGUACAAAUUAUUUUAAAAGAAAUGAUACAAAAAGAAAAGGAAUACACAAAUAGUUAUAAUAAAUCAAUUAGAAGUUUAGAAAAAGAACAUAAACAUAUGAUAGAUAAAUUAUUAACAGAAAAAAAUGUAGCAAUAGAACAAAUCAAUUUUUACAAAAAUAUGUGUAAAAAUCAAUGUAAUAAAAUGAUUGUCUUUGAUGAAAGCUUAAAAGCAGUCGAACAAUUAUUAGAACAUAUAUUAUCUCAGUAUCCACAUGUAUUAAAUGAAAUUGGAAUUAAAUGUAGAAAUAAUAUAUCAAAUAAAUCGAUAGGAAAAAUACAAUAUGAAAAUAUUCAUGCUGUUAAGGAUAAUAUAAAAUUGAUUCGAAAAUCUUUAAAUCAUUUUAAAAUGAAUUCAAAGUCUACUAUUCACAACUUUGUUGGAACUAAUGAACAUGGAAAAAAAUAUCACACAGAUAAUAUAUCCGGAACCGUUGUUAGAGGUUGUAAUGGUAGGAGUGUCUCUCUUAGACAUAAUAAAACAAAUAGAUGUGGAAGUAUAAGUCGAAAUAGUUCUAAAAAAUGUUCUCAUAAUAAUAAUGAUUUAAAUUGUCAUAAAAAUCAAUAUGCUUUAAAAAGCUGUUACAAUGGCGAUGAUAAAAUAUAUGAAAAUAUCUCAAAUUUUGAGUACAAAAAAAAUAAUGAUAAAGCUGAAUUGCUUAGAAAAAAAAACAUUAAUGAUAGUAAUAAUGCUAGAAGUGCUUCUACAUUUUCUCAAAAUGCAAAAAAAAAAAAUAUAGAUAUAAAAAAAAAAAUAGAUAUAUAUAACACAUUACUACAAAAAACUAACAAUUUUAGCAAACUUUCUAGCAAUAAUGCGGAAAAUACUAAUAAUUCAGAUAAAGAAAAAACCAAGUUUUCAACACAACAUGAUAAAAAUAACAAGUAUUAUCACUUUGUUUCGAAAAAUAAUGAUAAAAUAUUAGAUCAAAUUAAACAAAACCAACUUAGUGAUAUGCAAAUGAUUGACUAUUCAAAAGGUCAUGAAAAUGUAAAGACACAUAUAAAGGAAAGACAAUCUCAGGAAUAUUAUGAACAAGGAGAAAAUAUUCAAUGCGACCUUGAAGAUACAUAUCCAGAUGAUAGGACCAUAAAUAAAGAAUCUUCUUAUAAGUUAAGAGUAAAUGGAAAUGGUAAACGAGAGGAAUAUUAUAAAAUAUGUUCAGAAGAAAAUGAUUUAAAUAACUAUGGUGAAGAUGAAAUAUGUGAUGGUAAAAGUCACAAAAAAGAAAAAUCAAAUUUAUAUUGUGAAAAUAAUGAUACAUAUGAUAAUAUGAACAACGAAAUAACCGAAUUAAAUAAUUUUGAUAUAGUAAAUAUGUAUGAACAUUUAAAUUAUUCAAGUAAUGUGAACACACCAGAUAGUCUUCCAACAAAUAUUUUUACAGAAUCUGAUGUGAAAAAAAAAGAAAAAGAUCAUAUCAUAAAUGGUGAUUAUGAAGUAACAAAUAAUAAUAUAGAUAAAAUCGAAAAAAUGAAACUAAAUAAUUCAAAAAAUAUUAAUAAAUUUGAUAAAAAUAAUUUUAAUGAAGUUAUAUCUUUUAUAGAAAAAAAUGUUAUUAAAAAUUGUGAAAUAAAAACAUUAUGA